UGCUUCUUACUUCGUUCUAAACAAGAGAGAGAGAGAGAGAGAGAGAGGAGAAGAGAAAUCCCCAAAUCCGCAACCCUAAUUCGUCAUCAAAUCCCCCAAUCUCUCUAUCAGAUUCUCCCUCUUGGAAUCGCCCGUGCGUGGAGUCGCUCGGCGGUGGAGAUUCCCUCGAAUUUCGCCCGAUUUCGGGGCCGGAUUUAGGGUUUUGUUACUGGUUUGAGCUCGAAGUGAUCUGAUCUGGUCGGGAGGUGGAGAAAGGUCGGAUUUUGCAGCGUCUUGGUUUGGAUUUUGGUAGGGUUAUAUGAUUCAGGUGCCUCAGUUGCCGUGCUAGAUCUGUAAAAGAUCAUUGGAUCAGUGGAAGAGUUUUUAGGAAAUUAGCCACCAUUUUUAAUUUUUAGUUCUUGGUUGUUCAAUUUUGAGUUCAAAAAUUCCUAUCUAGGAAUUUAUUGUAGGAGAAAAGGAGGAAUACUUAGAUUCUUCAAAAAAAUAAAAAAUAAAAAAAAAUGCACCCCAAAGCUCGAAUCCACGCCGAUCCAUCUCUUGAAAUGGACCAAUUCGACCGCCUACCCGACUCUCUAAUCCUCCUCAUCCUCAACAAGCUCGCGGACGUUCGCUCCCUCGGCCGCUGCUUGGCCGUCUCGAAGCGGUUCAACGUCCUCGCCCCUCUCGUCCACGAUAUCUACAUAAAGAUCGAUCGUGUUGUGACCGUCGACGGUGAUUCCGACGAAGCCCUGAACUCUUCCACCCCGAAACCCCGGAACCUCUUCUCGCACUUCUUAAAGCUGAUGGCUUUCACACUCCUAAAGCCGUUCCACCACCUCCGCGGACCCAAUGGGGGGAGCAAGCCCCUCUUCCCCCAGCUCUCCCACCAUUCCCCCGCCCAAGUGCUCAGGAACUUCACCCAUGUCCGGAACCUCCGAAUCGAGCUCCCUGCCGGAGAUGUCGGGACUGAGGAAGGAGUUCUGUUGAAAUGGAGGGCCGAAUUUGGGAGCACGCUCCAAAACUGCGUGAUCUUGGGCGGAACCCGAGUAAGCCCUAAAUCAGGCAGCUCGGAGCAAGAAGCUUCGUCGGAAGACAAUGGAAGCAUACCCGAAUCGUUUUACACUAACGGAGGGCUAAAACUGCGAGUCGUGUGGACGAUCAGUUCCCUAAUUGCUGCUUCCACGAGGCAUUAUCUUCUCCGACCGAUUAUUAAGGACCACCCGACACUGAUGAGCUUGGUUCUCACGGACGCCGACGGGCAAGGCACAUUGUUCAUGGGGGCUGAGCAACUUAAGGAGUUUAGAGAAAACCAAUUGGCGGCUUCGGCCUCUUCCAACAGAACUCAAGUUCCGGCCUCCAACAUGAAGUUGAGGUACGCGCCUUAUCUCGAUCUUCCAGAAGGUAUGGGAUUGCAAGGGGCCACCCUGGUGGCGAUUAAGCCUUCUCCCGAGGGCUGCAGCGGUAGUAUCCAUACUAGUAGGAAGGAGACUGAUGCCUUUGUUUCGGGGGCAUUCGAUGGUCCGUUUAAGGUCGCCGCGAAGGCGCUGAUGAAGAGAAGAACUUACCUGCUGGAGAUGAAUGGUUUUUAGAUAUGUUGUUGUUUUUGUCGUUCAUUACGUUCAUCUUGCUCUUCUACUAAGAUUUAAGACGCAGCAGCUGUUUGCAUUACGAGAUGCGAAGCAUCUCUGUUUGAUUGAGGUCUGUACAGUUAUGUUUUGUUGUAUGUCUAUGCAGUUUCUGUAGCUCAUUUUCUUGACGACUCUAAUUUUUGUAAUCUUGUUGGUUUCACUGUUAUAAGAUAUGCCAUUAUGAUGCUUGCUUCAGUUUCUCAAAA